AUGAGCUCAGAUGUAUUAUCUACGAUAUCUUCACCAGGUAACGUUACAGAGUCCGUGGAAAACUUUACAGACGAAUAUUUUUACGAUUACGAUGCCUCAUUCACAAUUGCUGCAGAGGAGUUGGUACCAGUUGCUCUUGUUUACGGAACCACACUGAUUCUUGGAAUCAUCGGUAAUUCUUUGGUGAUUCUCUCAGUAACCAGGUACCGAAGAAUGAACAACAUCACGAACACGUUUUUGUUGGGCUUGGCUACAGCUGACUUACUUUUGCUUUUGACAUGUGUACCAAUUAAGUUGGCUUCUUUCUUGACGUUUACCUGGCAGUUUGGAGAGAUCCUGUGUAAGCUCGUCUUUUACUUUCAAAACGUAUCCGCCAUUUGCUCUGUGACGACCCUAACAACUAUGAGUAUGGAAAGGUAUUAUGCAAUACUGCAUCCCAUCAAGGCCAAGUACAAAUGCACUAAGGGAAGAGCAAGACGUGCUAUCAUUGGAAUUUGGCUUCUGUCAUUCGUUCUUGCUGCACCGGUGCUUCACGUAAGGAUGUUGAGAGAAGUUGGCCAUUACCGGAAAUCGUUCUGGUGCCAGAAACAGUUCACAAAACCAAUUUACCACCAACUCUACGAAAUCUACAUGGCUUGUAUUUUACUGCUUAUACCUGUUACCGUUAUGAGCUUUGCUUACAUAAGCAUCUGCAAGGAAUUGUGGGCAAUGACCUUCCGUAGAUCCGAGAUGCGCAGUGGAGGGAUCAAGCUUGAGAAGUUUGAUGGUAGGAGAAAAAAGAACUCGUACAGCCCACCACUCACUGAAACAGCCCCGGUAUUAAGGAAGAGUGGCUUUAAAUAUUCCUCCGAAGACGAUAAGACGCGGAAACAGGUGAUCAAGAUGUUGGUCUCGGUCAUUGUGCUCUUUGUACUCUGUUGGGCACCUAUACUGGUCAAUAACGUUCUAGUAUCGUUCUCUGUGCUAAACGAGCUAAACCGUGGGUACCUUAAACCAAUGAGGAAAGCCUUCUACAUUCUAGCCUACGGCAAUAGCUGCGUGAACCCAAUUGUGUACGGUUUCAUGUCCAAAAACUUCCGUGAAACGUUCAAGCACGCAUUAUGUAGUUGUGUGCGUGGUUGGUCUUACGUCAGGAGAAAGCAGUUCAGUCGACAGAGCUCAAUACAGUCAAAAACUACACAUCUUGAGCUUACCGGAAUCAGCAGGGCUGAUUUCAAGCCUCACGCCUCCGCCUCUGAAGUCAACCACGAGCUUCGUGAUGAUGCGGUUUAUGAUUCGGAUGGACCAAUCGUUGAAUACCUCUGA